AUGAGACCUUUACAAGGCACAACUGACACUGCAAAUAACAAAUAUUUACGUGCCAAAGAGAGUUUCUCAGAAGACAAAGCCGGAGACUCGCUCACUGGGACAAGCAAAUGCUGCCCAACAUCGCCUUCCGCACGUCGUCGAUCCCCCAGUUCGAAGACGAGCGAACCCGCCCCCAGCAUCAACAACAUCAACACUGCGGACCUUGUUCCUAGCGCAAGGCUGAGUGACCCUUUCAGCAUCUAUCCCGACCUUCACCAACCUGCGAUCCAUUGUCAAGCAGGCCUGGAUAUCCCCGACCACCGAACCUUUCCUGGAAAGGCGUAUCUUCAAACCACCAUCAUGCGGGGUCCCGUUCCUACAAUGGUGCCCAUCAACACCAGUCCCUCUUAUCGCCCCGGGCCGGACCCGGAGGGAGACUCGCAAUCAUCGUCAAGUAACUCACCAGCGCGUCAAGAUUACGAGGAGUCGGAUUUCUAUGCCGGAAACAACGACUCCCAGUCCUCGAUCGGGGUUCCUACAUUCCAGGACAUGGCAGUGUCCAGGGAAAUCUGCGAGCCACCAGCCAACCGAUUACCGGCCGAAGUUCUCAUUGGGAUCUUUUCGAAGCUCAACAACCCCCAAGACCUGUUGAACUGCAUGAUCGUGUCGAAAAGAUGGGCUCGAAAUUGCGUGGAUUUGCUAUGGCAUCGACCAGCCUGUACUACUUGGAACAAGCAUAGCUACAUCUGCAGGACUCUUUCCGUUCCCGAUCCAUACUUUGCCUACCGUGAUUUUAUCAAGCGUCUCAAUCUCGCUGCUCUGGCCGAUAGUGUUAAUGAUGGCAGUGUCUCUCCUCUGUUCGUAUGUACCCGAGUUGAGCGUCUGACCUUGACAAACUGCGACGGUCUCACGGACUCUGGUCUCAUCGGCCUUUUGACUGAUAGCCAUAACUUGCUCGCCCUGGAUAUAUCUGGAGAUACCCAAAUCACAGCAGCGUCGAUGAUGGCCCUGGCGGAAAACUGCCGGCGAUUGCAGGGACUUAACAUUUCAGGCUGCACGAGGAUCUCCAACGAGUCCAUGGUCGCUGUAGCUGAGAGCUGCAAGUAUAUCAAGAGGCUCAAACUCAACGACUGCGAUCAGCUCGAGGAUUCUGCCAUAUUGGCAUUUGCCAAACAUUGCCGCCAUAUCCUCGAAAUCGACUUGCACCAGUGCCGAUUAAUCGGAAAUCAGCCAAUAACUGAGCUGCUCACAAAUGGCCGCUGUCUCCGCGAGCUCCGUCUUGCAAACUGCGAGUUGAUCUCUGAUUCUACCUUCCUCAACCUACCCCCGAAUCAAACGUACGAGCACUUGCGGAUAUUGGAUCUCACGAGCUGUGCGCGCUUGACCGAUCGGGCCAUCGAGAAAAUUAUUGAUGUUGCCCCUCGUUUGAGAAACUUGGUGUUUGCAAAAUGCCGGAACCUUACAGAUGCUGCCGUCCAUGCUAUUAGCAAGCUUGGAAAGAACCUUCACUACCUCCACCUUGGUCACUGCGGUCAUAUCACCGAUUCUGCUGUGAUCAAACUGGUGCAGUCCUGCAAUCGAAUUCGAUACAUCGACCUUGGAUGCUGUGUCCAUCUUACCGACUUGUCUGUAACAAAAUUGGCCUCGCUCCCAAAGCUUCGCCGAAUCGGCCUCGUCAAGUGCUCUAACAUUACCGAUGAGAGCGUCUAUGCUUUAGCACAAUAUCGUUCGCUAAGACAGGAGAGGCACCAACUGAGGGGUGAUGAUAAUUUCUUUCCGAGCAGUAGCCUCGAAAGAGUACAUCUGAGUUACUGCAUCAAUUUGACAUUAAAUAGUAUCGUAAUGCUUCUUAACAACUGCCCAAAACUGACACAUUUGAGUUUGACUGGCGUGCAAGCCUUCCUGCGGCCGGACUUGGAACAGUUCUGCCGCGAGGCACCCCCAGAAUUUACGGAGCAUCAACGAAGCGUAUUUUGCGUUUUCUCUGGCGCUGGGGUUGUCGGCCUACGCCAGCAUCUCAGACACCUACCGGCCCACGGCAUUGUCGACGAUUUUGACCAGGAAACUGUUGCAGAGGCGGAUGAUGAUCAAACCAUGACGGGCAUGAUGAGCGCCACGGUCCUCAACGCCGACGAUGAUGCUGAUGCGGAGGGCGGCGAUGAGGAAUUGGAGGACGGUGACCCCGGUGCAGGCGCCUUUGGGGGCUUGGCAACUUGA